UGCGGAUCAGGCAGAUUUAUUGGCGGAGCUGUUGGCGGUGGAUAGGGUUGCGCUGUACACAGCGGCACUUGGUGUGUGGGAUCACGGCGGUGUUAAGAUCGCAGCAGUUUUGCAGCGAUGUUUGCACCCCACUUCACGUAGGACGCAGGACACACAGCUGGCUGCAUAUGUUUUUCUUCUUCUCGGGUGUACCUUGUUUCCGGAUAAGAGCGGAAACAAGCUCAGGCCACGCGACAUAGUUGACGCGUGUGAGCCCGACAGAGUAGGCCAGUUUUCUUGGGGGUCGGCUACAUUAGCGUACAUGUAUCGCCAGUUAGGAUUCUCGAGCCGGGCUGAUGCGGCAGGUAUCACUGGAUGUAUGACGUUGUUACAGACGUGGAUAUACGAGUAUUUCCCGGCGUUUCGACCACACCGCGACCCGGUUCCUAUUGGGGAUGGCCAGCCACGUGCCUGUGCGUGGAGUCCGCGUGUCGAGAAGAAGUCCAUUGACCGCCUGCGAUCGAUACGGUUAUUGCUUGACAGGAUGUCCCCAUUAGAGGUGAACUGGAUGCCUUUCGGCCAGAACCCUAGUAAUAGGGUACCCAGGACCCUCUACACGGGACUGAUUCAGUAUCGUGAGAUCGUAGAGGCGUACAUGCCGCAGCGCUGUCUUCGCCAGCUUGGAUAUGUCCAAGUUGUUCCUCCUCCACCAGCAUGGCCCAGUAAGGCCGUCCGAUCUGCGUCGUCGAAGGAGUACGUCGUCCAAUGGCCGGCAAGCAUGAUUGGCACGUGGGAGCAGUUUCCGAUGGUUGCCCGCAUAUGGAUUGAGCAGCUGCAGCGGCCGCCAACUGGGGUGGCUGCCAUGUGUGACCAGCACUACAUGGAGUGGUACAACCGGCACUCGCACCCGAGUUUGAUCAGAGACGUCCACCACGGCGACGACGCCGAUGAUGAUGAUGUGCCACCGCCCACUGCCGUGGAUGCGUGGAUGGGAAAGAUGACGCAGUUGGGACACAGACUUUUUGAGGAGAGGGACAACAUGACGACUGCAACAGGCAGAGCUGUUAUUGAUGAACUGGAACGGGCCCUUGAGUAGUGGCAGUGGGCGUCACAGAGAGAUUAUUGAUAUGUCGGCAGUGCAUUUAUAUAACAUUUUCCUAGUUGUUUGUAAAAGUUAACAUUAUCUAUUCUUAUAAUUAUUAUUUUAAGUUCUUAGAAUUUGACAUUAUAUUUUUAGUUUUUAUAAU